CAGAGACGGCAGGCGGCAGUGUAAAUGCACACGAACAUCUGCUUAUCGGGGCAGGAACCAAGUCACGGUGGAGAGAGAGAGAAGAGCAAACACAGCCUGUGCAGCUGGUGGGUCCCCGAGGCACGCUCAUCCCGCCUGCCCAGCAUCCCUCCGCCUCGCCGCAGGCAGCCGGGUGCUUGGGGCCACCGACGCUGGAAACGUGUUUUCACGACAUCUCUUUUUGUCGGGAAGCGCGGCUGCGGUUGCUCGCUGGUGGGUGCCUGGGGACAGGCUGGGAUUGCUGCCACCGGUCCCCAUCUCAGGCUGCUGGUGCCUUUGCAACAGGCUGCAGAAGCGAGAGAAAAAGCCGCCGCUGUGGGAUCCUCGGUGCUGCUUCCUGCGCCGGAUAACAUCACGCACAUCUACUCCACGCGGUGGGAAUACCUCGAUGGCACCAGCUCCCGCACCAUCCUGCAGUACUACAGGGGGUCUCACGACCCAGCCAUCUGCACGCCCUACGCAGGACGAGCCAUUUUCCAUCCAUCCAAUGGAUCUCUCUUGCUGGAGGACGUCCAGGAAAGCGACAGUGGCAUCUACAAAGUGACUGUCAACGCGGGAGACAGGGAGAGCCUGAAAAUCCUGCUGGAAGUCCUCAAGCCCGUGUCUCGCCCUCAGCUCCGGAGCAGUUCUCUCGUGGCACAGGCCACCGGCAAGGUGCUCUGUGAUGUGGCGGAGGGCAGGGUGGACACCAUCACCUGGAAGAAGGAUGGGCAGCCCUUUCCCCCGGACAGAGGUUUCUACCUCUCCGACAGCUUCAGCGUUUUGUACCUGAGGUCGGCAAAGAAGUCAGACUGCGGCUCCUACUCCUGCAAUGCCAGCAAUAGGAUAAGCUGGCAGGAAACCUCCCUAAACAUCACUGUUGCAGGUCUCUCACCUCCCUUGCAGGACACGCUGAGGAUUGCGGUGGUUGCUGUGGUCUUUGCUGCCGUCUCUGGAUGGGGAUUAAUUUUUCCUGUCUGCCAGUCCGAAAAGCUAAGAAUAAGAGGGGAGCUGUGGAGGUGGCUCAGUGCCUACACCUGCGGGCUGGUGUGUAUCGCCUCCAUCCUGGCUGGCACCGCCGGGAUCCUCUGGAUGCGAGAGGAAGGCCCUUCUAUUGCGAUCAUACUGCCAGAGAUCGCCCUUACAUAUGUGAUGGUGGUAACCUUCCUGGUCUCUGCCACCGUGACCUUCCAGCCUACAAAGCUCACCCAGCUGAAAAGCAAAACAGCACAGCGGAUGAUGGGCUACGCUGCUCCCGGAGGAGUGGUUUCAGUGGUGCUGACGACCAGCUUCCUCAUAAAGAACAUCCACCAUCGCCAUGGUGAGAAGGGAUGCUCCAGGGACCACCCCAAGGAUGUGUUACAAAGAAGGAUGCACGGAUUUCGUGGACGUGACCGCCCUCACAGUCAGCACGGCGGCCGUGUCGGCCCUCCCGCUCCUCACCAUCUUCCUCUGCUAUUUGUCCUUUCGCAGAUCACACGACUCAGGGGUGGCUGAAGGACCGAGACUCCAGUUGGGCGGACAAGGAGAGGUCCUUUGAAAUGUCUCAGCCCAGCAGCAAGGAUGCUGUUUCCACCUGUUAGAAGUCGGUUGGGGUGUUUCUCACUUGGCUGAGUCAAUGUCAUCUUUCUCCCAGGUUUAAUGGGUUCAUGGUUCUCGGUUUUAGUGAGUUUGAGCCUCUGCGAUACCUCUAAUAAAUGGCAAUGAAAUGAA